UUUUUCUGUCUCUUUCCUAGGACAAAAGAUGCCGAGCCUGUGGUGGGAAAGGAGAUUCAGGUUACUGUCUGCAACGAGGAGAAAGUCAUCUGUGGAGUAACAAAGCACACAACAUGUGCAGAUAUGAUUCAGGCAUUACUGGAUGAUCACAAGUCAGUCCCAGAGAGCAAGCGGCUCCUGCACGGGGAACCAAAAGACUUCUGUCUCGUUGAGCGGUGGAAGGGUUUUGAGAGAGCCUUGCCUCCUCUCACCAGAAUCCUGAGACUCUGGUAUGCCUGGGGUGACCAGAGACCCGCCAUCCAAUUUAUUCUGGUCAAAACUAGUGAUUUUGUUCCUCAGCCCACCAACAAGGGUGGAAAGUCCAAGGGGGCCAAACCAAAGAGAUGGGAGCAGGGUCGCGCUCAGUACACUCAGUCUCUGCCGGUUGAGAGGCAAAAGCGAAUGGUGAAGAAAGCUUUCCGGAAGCUGGAAAAGAUUCAUAAGGACAGCAAGAGCUCCCAGGGUGCUGACGAGAUCGACAGGAUGGUGCAGCUUAUUCUCAACCAGGACCACACCAUCCGAGAGCAGAUCCAAAGCAUGAGAGAGCUGGAUUUGGAGAUCGAGCGGUUUCAGCUACAAGCUCAGAAAGAAGCGGAGUCUGAGAGUUCACUAGCUCUCGCUAGUGGUCAGAGUUUGGAGAUGCACAGUGACAAGCAGCUGCACGAGUACCUGUACACAAGUGAUGGAGUCGAACAGCUUGAGCUGCAAGUUCAGAGGCACCAGGAGCUUAUCCUCCAGUUGUCCCAGAGUAUUGACGCUGAGCUAAGGAGGGCUAACUUCCCUCUGAACAGUGAAGAACAGGAAGGAGCUGCGACUGCUUCCUGGAUCCCCUUGGAAACAGAUGAAUCAUUCUACACUGCUGAACUCGAAAGGUUGCAGGUUGAACUGAAGCGCAGCCUCUUUACUGGUGUGUCUCUUCACAAUCAAACUGCAGAAAUAGAAAAGCAGCUGAAGUACUAUGGUGCUACGCUAGUCUCCAAGGAUCAGGAGUGCUGGCAGCUGGCUGCCCAGCUGAGCUCAUUGCAAAUUGAGGACAGAGAAGAGGAGGAGACCAUUCCUGUCCCUCUGAAAGGUGAGACUCAGUGCAACAUCUCACAGACAGUGAAACUCAAACACACCCUGUCCCCUCCAGACAUUACAGAUACAGACUCAGACACUGGGAUUAGCUCCACACACAGUCAAGACUCACUGUCACCAUGUCUCGAAUUCCCUCCCCCACUGGACACAGACGUCUGAACAACCCAGUUGACCUUAUAUAUAAUGUAAUGUUAAUAUAAUGUUCUGAUUCAGACAUAAGCAUUGUCUUUUUCUGAAAGAUAAAUCUCUGGCGAUCUUUUAUGAAGCAUUAAGGUCAUUUAAGUGAAAUAAUAAGUUUAUUAAUGGAAAAUAUUUUCAUUUAUUUAUAAAAUAUUAAAAAAAUGCCAAAAGUUAUUUGGUUUCAGUUUCUCAGAUGUAAUGAUCUAUUGCAUUAUUUUAUUAUAUUUUCUGAAAAUCAGUUUUAGAAUGUUGGUCAACAAACAAAAAAAACAAUGGGUGUUACCUUGAAAUUAUAAUGGGCAUAUUUUCUCAUAUCUGAGGAUACAGCUGCUAGUUUUGUUAAAUAACCUUCCAGGUUUCUCAAAAUCAAAGUGACAAUGCUAAUAUAUGCAAGGCACAAAACUGGAGCUACUAUGUAUGCAAAAACUAUAGUAAGCACCAACUAUAUAGUGUUUUUGACAGCUGGGUUUGUCGACCUUUAAGUGCACAUUUUUAUCCCAAAAGAAGAUAAAGACUAUUUCCUUAGCGCAACCAUGUCUAAGGUGUACAAAUGCCUUCUGUUUAAUUUCUUCAUAAUGGUGAAUGUAUGCUUCUCUCCCUUCUUAAAGUUCUCAAGCUAUUUAUCAAGCUACACUUAUUUGUACACACUUAUGAGUCUAUUAACAAUGUUUUAUAUUAAAACAAUAGCUAUAACUGUUUGUGGAUGUAGAAUUUAAGAUUUGUUAAGACUUUAACAAUCCUUCUAACUACACUGUAAAUAUACUGCUGCACUGUAAAUGAUUGUUAUUAUGACACAGGCACAAUUUGUAAAGUGAGAUUAAAUAUUUGUUUAUUGUGUAAUUGUAUGUUACAGAUGUUAUAUGACUUUAUCCCCUCUGAGGCAAUAAUGUCUAUUUCCCAUCAACCUGAUCAACACAUAUUGAGGGCUUAAAUAAUGCAAAAUCUGUGUAAACCAUUCCUAAAAACAAAAGCUAUGAUUAAGUAAAAUGUACAUUACAAUAAUAAACACUAAUACUGUACAUGUCACAAAGAAUAA